CACAAAACAUGAUCGUGGAUUCUACUCAAUUCCUCCUCUUAUUCACCUUUCUUAUACUAUAAUAUAAAUUUCUUUCUCAUUCUAUAGAUAUAAUAUAUACUAGUAGUAUUUGUUAAAAACUUUUCUGUUUUCAUUGGCUCUUUUGUUUCAUAGAUCUCUUGAUCAUUCAAAGUUACUCUCUGAUAUAUGUCUUAUUUUGGAAAUUGAAACUGAAAGUUUUUACUAGCUGGCGUUUUGGAUGCUCUUUUCUUCUCCACUUUAACUGAAAGACUGUUAACAAUUCUACAUACAAGGAGGGAUCUUGCUUGAUCACCAGUUUCAAGCAAUAGGAUUUAUCUAUUUUGAUUGUUUGCCUAUUUGGCAUUGAAGAGCUUCUCCAAUGCUAGGCUUAGGCAGGACAAGAACUCAAACAAGGUCUAACAGAUCUAUGUCUCUAGGAGGCAUGGAUUAUUCAGAUCCAAAGAAGAAGAGCAAUUUCGUGGGUAAAAUUCUUAUGGCUGCUGUGCUAACAGCGCUAUGCAUUCUUAUGCUCAAGCAGUCCCCAGCUUUUAAUACCCCAAGCGUAUUCUCUCGCCAUCAACCAGGUGUUGUUCAUGUUCUAGUCACCGGAGGUGCUGGCUACAUUGGUUCCCAUGCCGCAUUACGACUUCUAAAAGAAAAUUACCGGGUGUCGAUAGUGGACAACCUCUCACGAGGAAAUAUAGGAGCUGUAAGGAUUCUUCAAGAAUUAUUUCCUGAACCAGGGAGGCUUCAGUUUAUAUAUGCUGACUUGGGGGAUGCAAAAGCGGUCCACCAGAUAUUCUCCCAGAAUGCUUUUGAUGCUGUGAUGCAUUUUGCAGCUGUAGCAUAUGUUGGAGAGAGCACCCUUGAUCCUUUAAAGUACUAUCACAACAUUACUUCAAAUACCCUCGCUGUCGUAGAAGCUAUGUCAGUUUAUGGAGUCCCCACAUUGAUUUACUCGAGUACAUGUGCGACGUAUGGAGAGCCUGAUAAGAUGCCCAUUACUGAAGAAACUCUACAGCUCCCCAUUAAUCCAUAUGGAAAAGCGAAGAAAAUGGCGGAGGAUAUUAUUUUGGAUUUCCAUAAGAACUCAAACAUGGCUGUCAUGAUUUUGAGGUACUUCAAUGUAAUUGGUUCUGAUCCAGAGGGAAGGCUAGGAGAAGCUCCCCGGCCUGAACUUCGUGAACAUGGGCGAAUUUCUGGUGCUUGUUAUGAUGCAGCUCGUGGAAUCAUACCUGGUCUCAAGGUUAGAGGAACAGACUAUAAGACAACAGAUGGUACAUGCAUUAGGGAUUAUAUAGAUGUCACUGAUCUGGUUGAUGCUCAUGUGAAAGCUCUUGAAAAGGCAAGGCCUGGGAAGGUGGGAAUCUACAACGUUGGAACCGGAAAAGGUAGAUCAGUGAAAGAAUUCGUGGAGGCUUGCAAGGCAGCCACUGGGGUUCCGAUCAAAGUUGACUUCCUUCCUCGUCGACCUGGUGAUUAUGCAGAAGUCUUUAGUGAUCCAACUAAGGCAAGGCUUGAACUGAACUGGACAGCCAAACACACCGAUCUUCAAGAGAGUUUGCAGGUCGCAUGGAGAUGGCAGAAGUCGCACCUUAAUGGUUAUAGUUCAUCUCUGGUCAAGUCUUCAUAAUGCAUUGACAACUUAUCGUUGUAGAAGACUGACAUGAACCCAUCACGCAGCUUAGCUUAUCAUUGAUUUAUUAGCAUUGCUAGAGUAGGUUUUUGGAAGCUAAAGGGGGUUCUAUAUUUAUUCGUUCGUCCAGAUUGAUUACAUAAAGGAGUUUUGUGUAUUAGAUAUUUAGAUCAAUAAUAAUUCCGGGCCAGGUAUAGUUUCUAUCCUCAUCUGUGCUCAGAAUUUGUUGCGUGUUUUAUUCUUUUGUUUGUGUAUAGAUAACUGGUCACUAUUGUUGCUCCUCUGUUGGAGAAAUGAGAACUGUUUCAGACA